CAUAUUGGAUAGAAAUAUCUGUAAACAUACACACAUUUUUCGUAGGCCUAGGCCCACAAGUGUGUUUUUUUGCUAAAACUGGUGAUCGCUUCGACAUUAUAAUUGUAUUGUGUGCUAGAAUUAUACAUAUUUAAAGUAUAGUGGAAGUUGAGAGGAUUUUAUUCAAUAAGAUCGGCAGCCUAGCCUAGAACGACAAAUUUUAUUUUGUUCCAGACAAUGUAGAAAUUUGAGGUUGUUUAAGUUUGCGGACUUUGUUACCGGAAGUAGCACCCUAAAGGGUGACACGCAGACCCUGUUCAUGGGUACAACGAGAAUUACUCGGCCUAGCGGAAUGGCCAUACAAAAUAUAAUGGACCGUGUGUCCAAAGCGAGUUUACUCUGUCUUGUUUUCUUUUUGCUUUCCAUUGUAACUGCUCCAGGUGGAGUGGUAGAUGCUUCCACUUGUAAUUGCACAGAAGAUUGCCUCUCCAACUGCUCACAGGGAUAUUAUUAUGAUUCCGGUGUUUGCCAGAUAUGUCCUCCUGGAUACUAUUGUCUUGGUGCAGAAAAUCCCAAAAUUGCCUGUGAAAUUGGAGAAUUCAAUGUUAACAAUGGAUCGUCAAGUGAUUUGGAUUGUUUGAGUUGUGACGAUGGUGCCUAUAGUGUACAAGGUCAGGGGUCAUGCACUGUGUGUCCUGCGGGAUAUUCAUGUAGUCUUGACAAUGGCACAUCAACUGCAUGUGGAAGUGGUUCUUAUUCCUUAGCUGGGCAAGUUGUUUGUUCCCCAUGUCCAUCAGGAUACUACUGUGCAGAUACAGCCAAUGCGCCACUGUUUUGUCCAGGUGGAUAUAUUCCGGCCUCUGACCAGCUCAGCUGUGAGGUGUGCGUAGCAGGAACCUAUGCCUAUAAUGGAACAGUUGCCUGCCAAUCAUGCCCUGCAGGGUAUAAAUGUCCAUCUAAUGGCCUGUCUGAACCUAUUAGCUGUCCUGAGGGUAUGUACCAAAAUCGGACCAAUCAGCUUGAUUGCGAGAGAUGUCCAACUGGACAUGAAUGUUCGGAUCCUAGUGUGGUGCCAGUCCAGUGCCUUGCCGGUCAAUUUAGCCCUGGCGAUUCAACAGCAUGUAGUUCGUGUGAAACAGGCCACUUCUCAUCAGUGGGUGCUGAGAACUGCACAAGAUGUACCGCUGGUUACUACUGUUCACCUACAGCAGAAACACCUUGUAUAGCUGGUUACUAUAGCUUUGAAGGGGCUACAUCCUGCGAGGCAUGCCCAGGGGGAUACUCAUGCCCUGGGGGAGCUAGUUUCUCACCCUGUUCAGCUGGAACUUAUGCAAUCAAUGGAAGUGAUGCCUGUAGCACUUGUGAAGCUGGAUAUGAAUGUCCAGUUGAUCUAAUGGCAUUGCCAAUAGAGUGCCAAUCAGGCUGGUAUUCAGAUUCAGGGGCCACUGGGUGCACACAAUGCACUGAAGGUUAUUAUUGUUCGCUGACCAAUCAAACAGCUUGUGACGCUGGUUACUAUAGUAUUGCCGGGGCAACAGAAUGCGAUGCAUGUCCAGGUGGAUAUGCAUGUGCAGGUGGUGGGACAGAUUUAAGAAUUUGCGAUGAAGGAACUUACUCAAGAAAUGCAAGUCACUCAUGCACAUCAUGUGACAUUGGUCAUGAGUGCCCUAUACCAGGCAUGAUGGAGCCUUCACCCUGCCCAGAAGGAUGGUUUGCAAAUGACACUGGCUUAAACAUGUGCUAUGAAUGCAGUGCAGGAUCAUUUUGCACCCCUACUACUGAAAUGAGCUGUCCUCCGAGACAGUAUAGCUACGCUGCUUCAAGAUCAUGUUCCACUUGUCCCGGUGGCUAUGAGUGCCCAGGGGGAGUAAUUCCUAUCAAAUGCACUGCAGGCUUUUAUGCUCCAAAUGGCAGCUCAUCUUGCAGUGAAUGCGAUGCUGGUUUUAUGUGCCCUACUUCAGCAUUGUCAGAACCAGCGCCAUGUUCUGAAGGUUGGUAUUCAGAUUCAGGGGCCAGUGAGUGCAUAGAAUGUAAUGCAGGUUAUUACUGUUCACUGACCAAUCAAACAGCUUGUGACGCUGGUUACUAUAGCAUUGCCGGGGCAACAGAAUGCGAUGCUUGUCCAGGUGGAUAUGCAUGUGCAGGUGGUGGUGGGGUAGAUCUAAUAAUGUGUGGCAAAGGAACUUACUCGAGAAAUGCAAGUCACUCAUGCACACCAUGUGACAUAGGUCAUGAGUGCCCCAUACCAGGCAUGAUGGAGCCUUCACCCUGCCCAGAAGGUUGGUUUGCUAAUGACACUGGCUUAAACAUAUGCUAUGAAUGCAAUGCAGGAUCAUUUUGCACCCCUACUGCUGAAAUGAGCUGUCCUCCGAGACAGUAUAGCUACGCUGCUUCAAGAUCAUGUUCCACUUGUCCCGGUGGCUAUGAGUGCCCAGGGGGAGUAAUUCCUAUCAAAUGCACUGCAGGCUUUUAUGCUCCAAAUGGCAGCUCAUCUUGCAGUGAAUGUGAUGCUGGUUUUAUGUGCCCUACUUCAGCAUUAUCAGAACCAGCACCAUGUUCUGAAGGCUGGUAUUCAGAUUCCGGGGCAACAACAUGUACCGAAUGUGAUGAAGGCUAUUAUUGUUCACUAACCAAUCAGACAGCUUGUGAGGCUGGUUACUAUAGUUAUGCUGGUGCAACAGAAUGUAUGCCAUGCCUUGGUGGUUAUUCAUGUUCAGGGGGUGGUGCUGGGCUUGAAAUAUGUACAGCUGGUCAUUACGCCAUCAAUGGGAGUGAGAGUUGCAAGCAAUGUGAAGUGGGAUACGAAUGUCCAACUGCAGGUCUGACAGAACCUCUUAUCUGUGAAGAAGGUCAUUUUUCCAAUGAAACUGGCCUCAGUGAUUGCUACAGCUGUGAAGAAGGUUACGAGUGCUCCCUCACAAGUUCAACACCUUGUCAGCCGGGCUACUAUAGCUACAGUGCAUCAUCAAGUUGUCUCCCUUGCCCAGGGGGAUUUGAGUGCCCAGGCGCUUCUGCCCCACUGGAAUGUCAGUCAGGAACUUAUGCGUACAAUGCAAGUGAUAUCUGUGAGAUUUGUGAGGCCGGCUUCCAGUGUCCAUAUGAGCGUAUGAGCAGUCCACUACAGUGUCAAGAAGGAUAUUAUGCCAAUAAUACUGGAUCCACUGAAUGUACUGAAUGUGAAGCUGGAUGGAAGUGUCCAUCACCACACCUUACCCCCAUCAUUUGUAUUCGUGGCAGCUAUAGUAAACCAGGUGCAACAAACUGCUCCACCUGUCUUGCUGGGGAGUAUGCUAAUAGCACAGGUUUAACUGACUGUGAGACUUGUCCAAGUGGAUUUUAUUGUGAGAACACCAUGGCAGACCCUGUGCUAUGCCUGCCAGGAACAUUCAGUAUGGCUGGGGCAACUUUCUGUAGCCCAUGCCCUGAGGGGUCUUAUGCUGAUAGUACAGGGCAAGAAUCCUCCUGCACAGCUUGUCCUGCAGGCUCAUCCUGUAUGGACCCUACCACAGUUCCAGUACCAUGCAUUGAUGGCUAUUACUCUCUGGGAAGUGCUUCAUCGUGUAUCCUCUGCCCUGGGGGCUACGAGUGCAGCAACAACACCAUAGCACCAGUACAGUGUCUUGCUGGUUCCUACUCUAUCAAUGGCAGCACUGCCUGCUCUGCAAGUGAUGUGGGUUUUUAUGUUCCAGUGGAUGGACUAUCUGAACAGAUAAGUUGUGAAGAUGGUAGUUUUGCGAAUGAGACAAGUGCUGUGUCAUGUACCCCGUGUCCAGCUGGGUAUGAGUGCAUUGACCGUGAAUCAACACCUGUACCAUGCUUAACAGGUUACUACUCACUUCAAGGCAACACAAGCUGUACAGAAUGCACCGCUGGGUAUAUGUGUGCAACUACUGAUUCUGAGCCUGUCAUUUGCAAUGCUGGUGAAUACUCACCAACUCGGAGCACAACAUGUGAACCCUGUCCAGCUGGUACCUUCUGUCCUAACCCCCCUACUGGUAUGGCAACAUCUUGUCCUGCUGGUUGGUAUGCAAAUUCUACAGGAAACACCAAUUGUACUGUGUGUCCAAUAGGUCAUCACUGCGAUGAUGUGACACAGAAACCAUCUCCGUGCGCAGCGGGUUACUAUGGAGACUCUACUGGCUUAGAGCAAUGCACUGCUUGCUCUCCAGGCUAUUACACAACGUCUGAGGGAUCCGAUUCUUGUACUCGUUGUCCAUCAGGCUUCAAGUGUCCCAACAGAGAUGAAGAUCCAGAAGUGUGUGAUACAGGAUUUUAUUCAACUGGUGGGACUCGUGAGUGUUACCAAUGUCCAACAGGCCAAGUUUGUGGUGAUCCAUCUGCAGCACCAUCAACAUGUAACUAUGGUGAAUAUUCAAAUGGAACAGCUUGUGUGUUGUGUCCCAUUGGAUUCAUGUGUCCAACACCUCUCGGAGCACCACAGGAGUGUCCUGCCGGAACCUACCAGGACACACUCGGUCAGAUUAGUUGCACCCUCUGUCCCGCUGGAAAGCAGUGCUUAAAUGUGACACAGACACCAGGUGACUGCGACGAAGGCUACUAUAGUGUGGCUGGUCAGCAGGUCUGUACUAUUUGUCCUGAAGGUCAGUGGAGCACAGCAGGCUCUGGAUCGUGCUCACUGUGCCCAUCUGGACAUGAAUGUCUGGACGGCUCUGCAAGGAUUUCACCACGCAACUGUACACCAGGAACCUAUGCAGCAGAAGGAGCUGGUAUAUGUUCACCAUGUCCCCUUGGUACUUACAGCUUUGAGCUGUCUUCCACUUGUGUUGCAUGUCCACCUGGAUUCACCUGUCCAGAUGCAAGUGAGGUACCUGUUCUCUGUGCAAAUGGAACAUAUUCAGGAUCUGGAGAGAUUAUUUGUACUGAUUGUCCGGCGGGUUUCUAUUGUGAUGACCCAUCUGUUGCCCCACAACAAUGUCCUGUAGGAAGCUACUCAAGUGAUCGCGCCAAAGUAUGUGCUGUGUGUCCUGUUGGUCAGUCAUGUUUGAAUCCUGGAGACACUCCUUCUAAUUGUGCAGACGGAACAUACAGUGGUGAAGGUGAUGUCUUGUGCUUUGCUUGUCCCGCUGGCUCAUAUUGCAAUAGCAGCGCUGCCAUACCUUGUGAAGCAGGUACCUAUAGCCUGCUUGGUGAUUCAGACUGCACUGAAUGCAGUGCCGGUCAAGCCUGUCAGUACACUGACCAGCAGCCUGUAGAUUGCCAACCAGGUCAACACACCAAUGGAAACAAAUCACAAACUGAAUGUACAGACUGUUCACCGGGAUUCUCUUGUCAAUAUCAAAGUUUACCACCAAAAGCAUGUGGAACAGGGACGUACAGUUUGGAUAAAUACACAGAGUGUGUUGCAUGUCCAGCAGGUUAUGAAUGCCCGUCAUCGGAUAGUGCACCAAAAGCUUGUGCAGCUGGUUCGUAUUCCACUGGAUCGCAAACAAACUGUACAGAAUGUUCUGCUGGAUUUGCAUGCCCAUCAACGACAGAUCCAACCGCAAUGUUUCAAUGUUUACCAGGGACUUAUUCAGUUGGAAAGCAGUCAUUUUGCAGUGCUUGUGAGCCGGGCAAGUACUGUCCCGAUACGGACAGUGACAGUAAUAUCGCAAACUGCCCAUCCGGUACUUAUUCCUACACGGCUUAUUCCCGAUGCCAGACAUGUCCUAAUGGAUGGGAGUGUCCUUCAACAGAUGGCUCAGCUAAUGCGCAGUGUAUAUCGGGUACUUACUCUAUUGGCAAUGCCACUGCCUGUUCUGAUUGUCCAGCGGGUUUUGCUUGUCCUAGCACCGACAGUGAUACCAAAGUUGAAUGCAUCGCUGGCACCUACUCUGUCGGCUCACAGACGGUGUGUACAAGGUGUCCACCAGGCUAUGAAUGUCCAAGUAAUUCUUCUGCAACACAAACCCUUUGUGCAUCAGGUACAUACAGCAUUGGUGGUCAACGUGAGUGUACCAGCUGUCCAGGGGGCUAUGCUUGUCCAUCUAUAUACAGCAGCUUCCAAAUCUCAUGCUAUCCUGGUUCUUAUGCCGAACCUGAGUCAAUAAUAUGCACUAAGUGCCCUGCAGGAGAAGAAUGUCCACUGACCAACCAGACCGGUCAAGCUUGUGCUGAUGGUUACUAUAGUUUAGGUGGUCAAUCUUCAUGUACACCGUGCCCUCGUGGUUACUACUGUAACCAAAAAGAUGUAGGACCAGUGAUCUGUGACGCCGGGUUUUACAGCAAUCAGUCCAGUGUGGCAUGUUCAGAGUGCGAUCCAGGCUACACAUGUGCAGAAGGCAGUACCAGCAGGUCGCCAACAUCAGGGGUGUGUCCUCAAGGCUACUUUUGUGAGGAUGGGCACACGCCCCAGGCAUGCCAAGCAGGGACUUAUGGUAACAAGACUGGGGCAACAAGCUCCACUGAAGGAUGUGCUCCAUGUCCUCAAGGCUACUUCUGUCCUGCUAAACCAGUUGUGGGUACACCAGGUGUUGAGUACAUCUGUCCUAGAGGUCAUUACUGUCCAGAGGGCACUUUGGGAUCAAAAGACAAUGGCUGUGAUGAGGGAACAUACUAUAAUGAUCUUGGUGCUGUUAGAGAGGAUGAUUGCAUUGAUUGUCCAGCUGGCUUUUACUGUCCCCUUGGAAGUGAAGAAGGAAUUCUUUGUCCUCGAGGUCAUUAUUGUCCACGGAAGACCAUUGAUUAUGUGGUCUUCCCAUGUCCAGGCGGCACUUUCACUGAGGAAGAGGGUGCUACUUCGUUAGAUUACUGUAAACAAUGCCAAGCAGGCCACUACUGUCCCAACGGAACAGAUACACCUAUGCCUUGCCUGCAAGGGACCUACAACCCCAGCACAGGCCAAGAUGCUGAUAGUGAUUGCCGCAACUGUACUGCAGGCUUUGCGUGUACGCAAGUUGGUCUUGUGGAACCUGACUCUGUUUGUGAACCAGGGUACUAUUGUCCAGCGGGCAUUGAUAAUCCAGUCAGCUUUCCUUGCCCCGCUGGCACAUAUACUGACUACCACAACCUUACUGCUUCCUUCCAGUGUGACCCUUGUCCAGCACAGUUCGCCUGUCUCUUAGGGACUGGUGGAGUGAAUCAGGCACCAGAGGAGUGUGCCCCUGGCCACUACUGUCCAUCGGGCACCCAACAUCGUUCACAAUAUCCAUGUCCGGCUGGAUCCUACACCAACAAGACCAACCUUGGUGAUGUCACAGAAUGCUAUGAAUGUCCUCGAGGCUAUUACUGCUUGGAAGGCUCAACAGAGCCUGUGUUGAAAUGCAUCACAGGUCACUACUGUCCAGCAGGAACACAGUACAGUACACAAUACCCAUGUGCAGCUGGUUCAUACUCUAACGACGAGGGCAACACAAGAUGGGAACAAUGCGAGCCGUGCACUAAAGGCUAUUACUGUCCCGAGGGCUCAUCUACGCCGAGCCCUUGUCCAGCUGGUACCUAUCUAGAUGAACUGAAUGGAGAAAUUAGCACUGAUUGUGUUAGCUGCACUGCAGGCUAUUAUUGCCCUGGCACUGGUAACACAGAACCUCUUGAAUGUGGAAAAGCUGCCUACUCUGACACCAGGGCUCCAGCAUGCAGUGAUUGCGAAGCAGGUCAUUAUUGCGACAGCACAACAACCACUCGCGAUGACAUGUAUGCCAACAAGAUAUGUCCAGCGGGUAUGUUUUGUAAUUACAAUCGUACUUCAGCACCAGACUUGGAAAAUGACCCGUGUCCUGAAGGGUAUUACUGUCUUAGUGGAGAUUUAGAUCCGUUUCCAAGACCUUGUCCAAAUGGAACUUACAGCGAUGUCGAAGGUCUAAUCCAGGAGUCUGAGUGCCAGACUUGUCCAGCUGGAAAGUGGUGCUCACCUCCUGGUCUGUUAGCCCCCGCUGGUGAUUGUCCUGGUGGUCAUUAUUGUCCAGAAGGUACAGCUGACCCUUAUGAAAAUCCAUGUCCAGUUGGCUUCUACCUAAAUGCAAGUGCUGGUGAGAGUGGACAGGGAUGUACAAUCUGUAUCUCAGGUUACUACUGCAGUGUGAAAGGCCUGGCCUGGCCAGAGGACUGCCCCCAGGGCUACUUCUGCGUGUCUGGUAGUACUUUCCCACAGCCUUGCCCUGCUGGUACAUAUGGCAACUCUACUAAUUUGAGACGGAGUGAUGAUUGUUCUCCUUGCCCUGGUGGCUACUACUGCGAUGGUUUUGGAAAUACUGAGCCUACAGAUGUAUGUGACCCUGGCUUCUAUUGUCGUGAAAAAGCUUACACAUCGAUGUGUAUAAGAGACAGCUACUGUCCAGCCGGGUCUGCCUGGCCGGCUAACUGUCGUCUUGGCACUUACAGUAAUUCAACUGGUUCGAAGACUCCUGAUGACUGCAUUGCUUGUGACCCGGGGUAUUACUGUGCUGGAGAUAACAACCCAGCGCCUACUGGUCCAUGCAAGGCUGGUUACUACUGCACUGGGGGUGCUGAAACCCCUAUACAACACAACACACCCAUUGGUCACUACAGUCUGUCAGCAGCAUUCAAGCCUGAACCGUGUCCACGAGGAGAAUACCAAACGGCUGAGAACUCUGAUGAGUGCUUGACAUGUCUUCAGGGAUACUAUUGCAAUGGUACUGGCACCUCAGAACAGGAGAUCUGUGACCGGGGUCACUAUUGUCCACCCGAAAGUGUCCUGCCAACACCCUGUCCUCUGGGCACAUUUCGUGAGGUGACUGGCGGUCAAGACUUGGACGCUUGUGAUUUGUGCACCCCUGGUUCCUACUGCGGGUCAACUGGUCUGUUCGCAGUCAGUGGUUUUUGUGCAGCUGGCCAUUAUUGCAUCCUUGGAGCUAACACAUCUCAUCCACUGGAAAAUGCAACUGAUGCUGGUGGUCUUUGUCCAGAGGGUUAUUACUGCCCUGCAGGAACAGCUGACCCCUUCCACUACCCUUGUGAAAAUGGUACCUACAGUAACAUAACUGGAGUAGAAGCACUGAGUGACUGCAGUGAUUGCCCUGCUGGUGAAGUAUGCAAUGGUGUUGCUCUUACUGCUCCUAAUGGUGUCUGUGCUCCAGGUUAUUUCUGCUUGGGCAAAGCUAAAACAAAGUACCCUACAGAUGGUUCCACUGGUGACAUUUGUCCAGUUGGCUUCUAUUGUCCAGAAGGUUCUCCAGCUCCAAAGAGAUGUGAAGGCGGUUAUUAUACCAACAUUACCGGUCAAGACAGCUGCUUUGAUUGCCCAGAGAGGAGGUAUUGUCCAGAUGGUGAGAGACUUCUGGAAUGUCCUCGCGGUCACUACUGCCCUGUCAACACUGGAGGAAAUGAGUCAAUUCCAUGUCCACAAGGAACAUACAAUCCUGGAUUGGGCUUGGCACGAGAGGAUGAGUGCCUUCCCUGUCAAGGAGGACAUUAUUGUCAAGGAAUUGGAAUUGUAGAGUUUGAUGUUGAUUCUGGUGAUGAUUAUGGUGUCUGUGAGGCUGGUUAUUACUGCCUGCAAGGUGUUAAUGUGAGUAAUCCUGAAGAGGGAACUUACAGCGGAGAAGGAGGGCCUUGUCCACAGGGAUAUUACUGCCCCCAGCAAACAACGUACCCACUGUCUUGUCCCAAUGGUACAUACUCAGAUAGGCUUCGUUUGGAAGAUGCAAGUGCUUGUGAUUGGUGUGACCCGGGUUAUUACUGUGGUACAGUGAAUCUGACCCAACCUCAAGGUCAAUGUGCAGAAGGAUUUUAUUGUAUAAGUGGAGCAAUCUAUCCAAACCCAACAGGAGGAGAUUCAACUGGUGGCCCUUGUCCUAUUGCCCACUACUGUACAAAUGGAACAGCAGUGCCACUUGGCUGCCCAUCUGGAACAUACAAUAACUUACAACAACAAGCAGAGUGUGCUACUUGUCCUGCAGGCUACUACUGUCCAGAUACCAUCAGUGACUUCACUCCAUACAGAUGUCCAGAAGGAUACUACUGUCCAAGUGGAACAAAGCACAUGUACGAGUUCCCAUGUCCUAAAGGAUAUUACCGUGCAGAUGACCUCGGAAUGAGCCUCAAUGAUUGCACACCCUGCGAUCCAGGAAAAUAUUGUGGAACCGAAGGAAACACAACAUAUACAGCAGAAUGUGACCCAGGCUAUUUCUGCAUACGUGCAGCUUACACACCAACCCCAGAUGACUGGGGUAACUACACAGAUGGCGAUUGUCUUUGCCCUGCUAAUAUCACCGGUGGAAGGUGUCAACCAGGCUAUUACUGCCCAACUGGCUCAAGCGAGCCACAGGAUUGUACUGAAGGUCAUUAUUGUGAAACACAUGAGCUAUCUGGUGUUACUGGACCAUGUAAAGAGGGACAUUACUGCAUCAGUAGAGCAAGUAGAAUGGAUCCUGAAGAUGGUAUUACUGGGGAUGUUUGCCCUCCUGGAAGGUAUUGCGGCUCAGGUACUGGAGCAAACCCACCAAAAUGUCCUCGAGGUUCAUACUCCAGCGCAACAGGACUCAUCAGCAUCUCCCAAUGCUCCGAGUGUACUGCAGGAUUCUACUGCGAAGAUGAAGGCUUAACUAACGUCACUGGUCCUUGUGACCGGGGCUACUACUGUCCCACUGGUCAGAAUGCAAGUAACCCUUUCCAUUGUGAGACCGGGUACUAUUGCCCUCAGGGAAGCCCAGAUCAAGUUCCAUGCGAAUCUGGAAGCUACCAGGAUGAGAUUGCGCAAUGGACAUGCAAAAUGUGUCCCUCAGGUUAUUACUGCGAUGUGGCAGAUGCACCAAUAGCUAACUAUACCAUGUACCCAUGUCCACAGGGCUACUAUUGCCCUAAUGGUACAGAGUUCGGCAUCCAGUUCAGUUGCCCCAAUGGUACAUAUGGCUCACAGAGAAAGCUGGAAGAUGAUAGUGAGUGUACUGAUUGCCCCCCUGGGAGGUACUGCUUUGGUACGGGUAAUACUGAUUCUACCGCGGAUUGUGAUGCUGGCUAUUGGUGUAAAGGUCGUGCGUCUACGUCUGUCCCGAAUGAUGGCAUAACAGGUGAAGUGUGUCCUGAAGGACAGUUCUGUGUGACUGGUACACCAGCCCCAGAAAACUGUCCAGUGGGCACGUGGUCAAACAGUGUAGGCCUAGACAAUGAAUCGUCAUGUCAACCAUGUACAGAAGGUUACUAUUGCAAUGGUACUGGACUAACAACUACAUCAGGACCUUGUGAUCCUGGAUUUUAUUGCAUAGCCGAUGCAGUGUCAGCAACACCAAAUGAUACCAUAACCGGUGGACCAUGCACAAAAGGACAUUACUGCCCAGGGGCUACACCCAGCCCAAUCCCUUGCGAUCCAGGGACCUACAUGACAGAAACACAUGCUGAUGCCUGCAACACUUGUCCUGAUGGUUUCUAUUGCAUCACAGGCUAUGAACCAGAACGUUGUCCUGCUGGUUUCUAUUGUCCAGCUGGUACUGGUUAUGAUUGGCAGCCGUGCCCAACAGGUACUUUCAGCACGAGUGACGGACUGUCAAACAUUACUCAAUGCACUCAUUGCUCUGCUGGUAGAUUCUGCUCAGAGUUGAAUGCUACCAAAGUUACAGGCAAAUGUGACCCAGGAUACUAUUGUGUUGAUGGGUCAGAUACACCCACACCAGAGGUCAAUUUCAAAGGAACUGGUGGUCUGUGCUAUGAGGGUCACUAUUGUCCGAGUGGUACCUCCGUUCCUAGUCCAUGCCCAAGAGGAACAUUCAGCAAUGUUACCAAGUUGUCUAACUCAUCUGAAUGUACAGCUUGUGUGUACGGCCAGUAUUGUGAGACCCAAGGACUGGUCUACCCAACAGGAGACUGCUAUGCCGGAUUCUACUGCCUCCGUGGAGCUAAAGACCCCAACAAUCCAGUUGUUGAUGAAACAGGCGGUCCUUGCCCAGUGGGCUACUACUGCCCCAAUGGCACAUCAUUCCCACUUGGAUGUCUGCCGGGAACAUACAAUCCACUGACUGGCCAAUCAAAAUGCUUGGAAUGUGAACCAGGAUAUUGGUGUCCGGAAAAUUCCACCAACUUCUCUGAUACUCAGUGUCCAACUGGUCACUAUUGUCCAGCAGGAACUGAAUAUAUGAACCAGUACCCAUGUCCGAAAGGUUACUAUAAUGAUUAUGAAGGUCAACAGAAUCUGGAUGAUUGUAAACCAUGCCCGCCUGGGGAAUUCUGUGAAAGUUCAGGGCUUUCGGGUUCCAGUGGCCCCUGCGAUGCGGGAUGGUACUGCGUACGUGGAGCGUGGUCAAGAACACCAACGAAUGUUGGUGACACUAACACAACAGCAAGUUGUUUCUGUGCUUCAAAUUCAACUGGUGGUCAGUGUAUGCCUGGCCAGUUCUGUCCUGAAGGGUCGUCUGAACCAACACCGUGUACCAAAGGUUAUUAUUGUGAUGAAUAUGGACUUGCCAACGAAACAGGUGAAUGCGACCCAGGUUAUUACUGCACACUUGGGGCUUCUGUAUCAGAUCCAGUUGAUGGCGUAACGGGAAAUGAAUGCCCUGAAGGCCAUUACUGCCCUAGUGGAACCUACGAUCCAAUUCCAUGUCCAGCUGGUUUCUUCGCCAAUACAACACACAAUGAUGAUGUUGGAGAUUGUCUUGCAUGUUUACCAGGUUAUUACUGUGAAGGCAGUGGUCUCACAUGGCCAACAGGGUAUUGCAGUCCAGGUUAUUAUUGUCCAGGAGGCCAGAAUACCAGCCACCCAACUGAAUACACUUGUUCUCCUGGUCACUUUUGUCCAGAACAAAGCCCUCAAGAAUUCACCUGUGAGCCUGGCUCUUACCAAGACGAAUGGGGUCAGAGAGCUUGUAAGAUGUGUCCCACAGGCUAUUACUGUGACAGCACCAUCCAGAAUGAUACAUUCUGUUCACACGGUGUACAGAACCCUCAACCAUGUCCAGUUGGCUACUACUGUCCAAACGGAACAAAAUUUGACACAGAGUUUGGAUGUCCCUUGGGUACAUACUCGGAUGACACUAAGCUUGAAGAUGCUGAGGAGUGUACACUGUGUACAGGUGGAAUGUACUGUGAUGAGCUCGGACUACCUGCACCAAAGGCAGAGUGCUUGGCAGGGUAUUAUUGUAAGCUAGGCUCAAGUUCGCCAACCCCAGAAGAUGGAGUGACAGGCAACAUUUGCCCAGAGGGAGCGUACUGUCCAAAAGGAUCUAAUAAAACCUACUUAUGCCCACCUGGGACAUAUAACCCAACCGAAGGUGUUGAAUCUAUUGAGCAGUGCCUUGGUUGUGAACCUGGUCAGUACUGUCCAGAGUAUGGUAUGAACCACACUGCAGGAGACUGUGACCCGGGCUACUACUGUUCUAAAAAUGCUUCCAGUCCUGCACCAAUGGAUGGAAUAACUGGUGAUGAAUGUCCAGUAGGCUAUUACUGUCCCUCUGGAUCUCCUGCCCCAUUACAGUGUGACCCAGGCACCUAUACCGACACUACCACCAAUGAACAAUGCCUGCCAUGUACACCAGGACAUUACUGUAUCACAGGUACAAAUCCACAGGAUUGUCCAGCAGGAUACUAUUGUCCAGAGGGAACUGGACAUGUUUGGGAAGCAUGCCCCCCAGGCACCUUUAGCAGUAUGACUGGCUUAGCUAAUGAGACUCAGUGUACAUUGUGUAGCCCUGGCUUCUAUUGUGACAGCUUCAAUGCCACUACAGUAUCUGGCACAUGUGACCCUGGCUUCUACUGUCUCCUGGGAUCUGACAGCCAGCAACCAGGAGAUUCCUCAUCUGGUGAUGCUGGAGUCUGUCCUGCUGGAUAUUAUUGUGAAGUUGGCACAGGGGAGCCAGAUCCAUGUCCAGUGUCAACCUUUAACAACAGGACUGGAAUCACUGCAGUGGAGUAUUGUCAGGAUUGUCUUGAAGGCAUGUAUUGCGAUACCCCUGGCUUGUCAUAUCCAAAAGGAUUUUGUGAUGAAGGAUUCUACUGUCGGGGUGGCUCAAACAGCUCCAAUCCUGGAACAGUCUCCAGUUCUGGAGGGCCCUGUCCUCCUGGAACAUUCUGCAUGAGCGGUUCAAAUGAGCCUACAGAUUGUCUGCCUGGCUAUUACAACCCAGUGUAUAUGCAGAGUGAAUGCAUUGAUUGUCCUGAAGGGUCAUUUUGUAACACCGGUAGUACGGAUCAUACCAGUUGCCCAAAAGGCCACUUUUGUCCAAAUAAUACUGGAUUUGAAACUCAAUUCCCUUGCAACAAUGGGACAUUCAACAACUACACCGGAGGAAAAAGCGUUGAUGACUGUGAGCUGUGUAUAGGUGGUCAUUAUUGCCCAUACCAAGGGAUGGUUGAACCAGAAGGUUUGUGUGCUGAGGGGUGGUACUGUACCAUAGGAGCAUGGAAAGAUAUGCCGACAACAUUGGGGAAUGAUACAGAUUCUGGUUGCCAUUGUCCGGCUGAGAGCACUGGUGGAAGGUGCUUAGCUGGUACUUACUGUCCAGCAGGAUCUGACCAGCCCAUACCAUGUGACCCAGGCUAUUUCUGUCAAUAUGAUGAGCUGGCAAAUGUAUCUGGACUGUGUCAGGCUGGUUUCUACUGCAGCGGGAGUACCAUACUACCAAAUCCUGUCAACAAUAUCACUGGCAACAUUUGUCCACAAGGAUACUACUGUCCUGAAGGAAGCUCCAGUCCUCAGGCUUGUGCUCCAGGAACAUACAGUGAUACAUUUGAAAAUCACAACGCUAAUGACUGCAUACCAUGCACAGCCGGUAAAUACUGUACAGGUUGGGGAAGAGUGGAACCGAACGACUACUGCGAUGAAGGAUGGUUUUGUCCUGAGGGCUCCAAUGAUGCUCAACCACCAGGAAAUCAGUGCCUAGCUGGUCACCAGUGUCCGCGUGGUAGCCCUGACGAGACUGCUUGCCUUUCAGGCACCUACCAGCCAUUCCCUGGCCAAGGCGAGUGCUAUGACUGCCCUGCUGGUUCGUACUGUGAUCAAAAUGAGGCUAUUGAUGAGAUGCAGAGCGGGAUCACAGACACACAUGGUGUAGUUACCCCCAAAGAUUGCCCAGCAGGUUUCUACUGUCCUAAUGGAACUGAGACAGCUCGCCAAUAUCCAUGUCCUGUUGGCACUUACAGCAAUACCACCAACUUGGAAAAUAUCACUGAAUGUAGAGUCUGCCCUCAAGGGUUCUAUUGUGAAGCUGAAAAUAUCACCACACCGACUGACAAGUGUUCUCCGGGACACUACUGUGUGCUUGGGGCAAACACUCCAACACCUGACCCUGCUGAUGAAACUGGAGGUCCCUGCCCACAAGGGACAUACUGCGACUCAGGCUCCUCAUGGCCAACCCCAUGUCCCAAGGGGACUUUUGGUGGCUCAUCAAAGUUAGGCUCAGAGGGUAAUUGUACUGACUGUUACCCUGGACAGUUUUGUAUGGAGACUGGUUUAACAUCACCUAAUGGAUCUUGUCUUCCUGGUUUCUACUGUACCUUGCGAGCAAUUGAACCAAAUCCCUACAAUGAGACUUAUGGAGCUGUGUGUCCAGUUGGUCACUACUGUCCAGAGGCAAGCCCUAAUCCAACAGCUUGUGUCGCUGGCACUUACCAACCCAAUGAGAUGAUGACCGAUGAAGCAGCUUGUCUUGAUUGUACUCCCGGAAAAUAUUGCAACAAUAGUGGCUUGGACAUUGAAUCAGGUUUUUGUUAUGAGGGAUUUUACUGCACACUUGGAUCUAGCAACCCAGCUCCUCAAGACAAUGUGACGGGAAAUAUCUGCCCAGAAGGCCAUUACUGUGAACUUGGAUCGCCUGCCCCAGUGCCUUGUCCAAACGGCACAUUCAUGAACCAUACAAUGGGGGCAGAGUGUUAUGAUUGCCCUGCAGGAUACUAUUGUGUUAAUCGCGAUCGUGCUGACCCAUGUCCACUGGGCUACUACUGUCCACCCAAGACAGGUGCUGACUUGCGUAUGUGCCCCAGUGGAACAUACAAUCCAAGAGAGGGUAUAUAUGAGGAGGAUCAGUGCCUACAGUGUGAUCCAGGCAGUUAUUGUCUUGAACCUGGACAGGCGAACGUAACAGGAAACUGUAGUGCUGGCUACUAUUGUGAAUGGGGUGUUAACAUAGACAAGCCCACAGGUAACCAUACAGGUAUGGGAGGUAUAUGUCCACCUGGGCACUAUUGUCCAGAAGGUAGUGCUGUUCCACUUGGAUGUCCAGCUGGUCACUACACUGCUAUUGAGAAUCAAGCUCUUUGUACACCAUGUCCUGCUGGCCAUUAUUGUCUACAAAAUUCAACAUCCUUCGCAGAAAACAGUUGUCCAGCUGGCUAUUAUUGUCCCCUGGAGACUACACAUCCAUAUGAGUACCCUUGCCCUAAGGGUUCCUAUAAUCCUGUCAAUGGAAGUGACGACAUCCAAGAUUGCCUCUCCUGUCCACCUGGAAUGUACUGUGAAUUUGAUGGUCAAGAUGCCCCAUCCGGUAAUUGCUCAGCUGGAUGGUACUGUACAAGUGGCUCAUACCAGGCCAUGCCACUAACAACGGCAAAUGCUACACUAUUGUCAGAAUGCUCCUGUCCAUUGGCAAAUUACACAGGUGGAAAAUGCUGGCCAGGCACCUAUUGCCCAAGUGGAAGCCCAUAUCCUGUGUCAUGUGAUGAAGGUUAUUACUGUAAAGAAUAUGGAAGACCUGAUCCCAAUGACCAGUGUGAUGCUGGUUUCUAUUGUGAUGGUGGGGCAUCAGAACCAGACCCAGCAGAAGGCGUAUGUCCUCAAGGUACCUACUGCGAGGUGGGCUCAGCUACACCAACUGCUUGUCCUAGUGGUACAUUUGCUAAUACAUCUGGUAACAUUCAACCUGAAGACUGCCUUUCUUGUACCCCUGGUAAAUAUUGCUCUGGUCCAGAAAAUGUCAUCCCAGAUGGAGAUUGUAACCCAGGUUACUACUGCCCAGGUGGCCAAUCAGCUGCAUCACCAGCUGAAUACAAUUGUACUAUUGGUCACUUCUGUGAUGGUGGAAAUGAUCUGCCAGAACCCUGUCCACCUGGCACAUAUCAGGAUGAGGUUGGAACUGCUGAUUGCAAGGAAUGCCCAACGUCUUACUAUUGUGAUCCUGUGGAAGCUGCAGAAUACUACAAUGAAACAAGUCAUGGCGUCGUCAUACCAACAGAUUGCCCUGCUGGCUACUACUGUCCUAAUGGUACAGAGUCCAAGCAUCAAUACCCAUGCUUGGAAGGAUACUACAGCAGUGUACUCAAUCUGCAUUACCAUGGCCAAUGUCAACCCUGCCCUGGGGGAAAGUAUUGCGAUGGCAAAGGUUUGACAGCUUAUAGUGAUGAAUGCAAUGCUGGUUACGUCUGCGUAUCAGCCGCCAACAAUUCACAGCCAACAGACGGAGUGACUGGUUACGAGUGUCUUCCUGGCUACUAUUGUCCUAAGGGAUCUGACCAGGGAGUCAAGUGUCCAGUUGGAACCUUGAAUAAUCAGUAUGGAUUGGAAAAUGUAACAGAAUGUCAGGACUGUACUCCAGGCAGCUUUUGUCAAACAGAAGGCUUGACUGAGCCUACAGGGGAAUGCUACUCAGGUUUUUACUGCACCCUCGGAGCUAUUAACCCCAACCCAAAUGCCGAAGCAUAUGGCGAUGUAUGCCCAGCUGGAAGUUUCUGUCCUAAUGGAACCUAUGAUCCAUUCCUUUGUCCCAUCGGUACUUAUAAUCCAACUACUGGCCGUGAUGACCUUCAAGAUUGUUUACUCUGUGAAGGCGGUAAAUACUGCGACACACAAGGUCAAGUAAAUUAUACAGAUGAGUGCGACCCAGGGUUCUUCUGCGUAGCAGGAGCUAACAACAGUUCACCAACUGACGGCAUCACUGGCAAUGAAUGCCCACCAGGCCACUACUGUAUUCAAGGUAGCAGUGCUGAAGCUCCAUGCGAUGAUGGAUUCUACAUGAAUCACACCCGUGCAAACGCCUGUGACCUGUGCCCUGCACGUCACUUCUGCAUCGACUCCUGCAUAACACCGACAUUGUGUCCUGAAGGUAACUUCUGUCCACCAGGAACUGGAUUCGUGAAUGAAUCUUGUCCAAUUGGAACUUAUGGACCUGUGAAAGGCUUGGCAGAUUCUUCUGAAUGCACAGACUGUGAUCCUGGUUACUAUUGCAGUGAUGUUGGUCGCACCACUGUCUCAGAUGCAUGCUCUCCAGGCUACUAUUGCUUGAUUGGAGUUAACACUCCUGCCCCUGAUAACAACAACACUGGAAUUGGAGGCCCUUGUCCCGAAGGCACAUAUUGUCCAGGUGCAACACCAGAACCAAUUGGAUGCCCCAAUGGAACUUUCAAUGAUCGUGUACGUCAACCAGAAUGCCAGGCUUGUCAAGCUGGUUACUACUGCAUAGCAAACUCAUCAACUUACAGUGACACUCCAUGCUGGACAGGCUACUACUGCCCUCAGGGUACUGGCUAUCCUACUCAGUAUCCAUGCCCUGCUGGCACUUAUAAUAACAGGACUCAUGGCAAUGAUGUCUUUGAUUGUCUGCCAUGUCCAGCUGGCAAGUUUUGCGACGGUGAUGGUCUUCCUGAACCAAGUGGCGACUGUGCACCAGGGUGGUAUUGUUCUCGUGGUGCAUACACCAAUAAACCUACACCUUAUGUGAAUGACACCAAUGAUUACUCCGCUACCGAAUGUCCAAUUUACUCCAGAAAUGAAACCGGAGGCAUUUGCACCCCAGGUACUUAUUGUCCAUCUGGUUCUGACCAGCCAAUUCCCUGUCCACUCGGUCAGUACUGUGGGAACUAUGCUCUUUCGUCAACAAGCGGUGAUUGCAUAGCUGGGUUCUUUUGCAAUGGAAGUGCUGAAGUUCAGGACCCAGUCCCUUGCAUCACAGGUCAUUAUUGUCCAAAAGGAACUGAAGUACAAGAACCCUGUCCACCUGGUACUUUCUCAGGAAAUGAGCAAAAUGUGAACAUUACUGAUUGUUUGGAGUGUACUGCUGGAUCUUACUGUGAAGGCUACGGACUGUCAUUACCAACUAACCUUUGUGCACCAGGCUACUACUGUCCAGGUGGCCAAGACACUUACGAGCCAACUGAUCUAGCCUGUAGUCCUGGUCAUUUCUGUGAAUUGGGUAGCUGGAACCAAACUGGCUGUCCAAGUGGCUGGUAUCAACCACACUGGGGCCAGUAUGACUGUGACCCUUGCCCUGCAGGGUCAUACUGCAAAGCAUUUGGUGAUUAUGAACUAUUAGAUGCAGAAAACAUCACAGAAAGUGGGAACUUUUCAGGUCGUUAUCGUAGCUACCGUGGUGUCUCCAUCCCGAGCGUUUGCCCAGCAGGAUCGUACUGUCCAGAGAAAACGGAGUUUGGUACACAGUACCUAUGCCCUGCAGGAACAUAUAGUAAUAUUACGGGACUACACAAUGCUACACAGUGCACACCAUGUGAGCCUGGCAUGUACUGCCCAGGUGAAGGAAACACAAAGCCUUUUGAUGUGUGUGAUGCUGGCUUCUACUGCACAGAAGGAUCAUCUAGUGCCACUCCAACAGAUGGAGUCACAGGGGAUGAAUGCCCAGAGGGCCUGUACUGUGUUUCUGGCAGCAUUGUAGGACAGGGAUGCCCUAAGGGAACCUUUAGUAAGCAGCUUGGACUGACUGAUGCAGGGGAAUGUUGGAACUGUACUGCAGGCUACUACUGCACUUCAACUGGCCUUACGGUAGAAUCUGGAACCUGCUGGGCAGGUUUCUACUGCUCUGGUUCUUCUGAAGAACCUGCACCUGUAGGUAAGCCUUAUGGUGACGUAUGCUGGGCUGGCUACUACUGUCCUAAUGGUACAGACAUCCCUGAUCCAUGCCCUCCAGGAACCUUCUCAGAUUUGCCGGGAUUACCAGACAGAGAGUUAUGCACAGAUUGCAGUCCAGGUUAUUAUUGUGAGGUUGGAGGUAGGACUAAUGUUACAGGAGAGUGUGACCAGGGCUUCUACUGUGUCAAAGGAUCUAACAGCAGUGCACCAACAGAUGGGGUCACAGGUCAGUGGAAAUUUCCAACAUAAACAGUCAUAAAAGCUCUGCUCCAAUAUUCAUCUCAUUCUUCAUUUUC